AUGGCUACCUUCGCCCGCAUGGUGAAGGGCCAGGUGCGCUGCUACUCAGCACCCGUCGACGUCGCCAUCCCCGCCAGCAAGCGCAAGUACAUUCCCACCUCAGGCACGUACCCAAAGGGCUUCUCCGUUUCCGGCACGCACGUCGGCGUGAAGGCAUCCAACACCAAGUUUCCAGACCUUGCACUCAUCAGCUCCGAGACGCCGUGCUCCGCGGCUGCCGUGUUCACGACCAACAAGUUCCAGGCUGCGCCGGUGCAAGUUAGCAAGAAGAUUCUCAAUGCGACACAGGGCCAGGGUAUCAGGUCAAUUGUGAUCAACUCGGGUUGCGCGAAUGCAGUCACCGGUAAGGGUGGUCUCGAGGAUGCGACGAGCAUGGCGACCAAGGUUGAUGAGCACACGGGUGUCGCGGAGAACGGGACGCUCGUUAUGAGUACUGGUGUCAUUGGGCAACGUCUCCCCAUCUCCAAGAUCCUCUCCAAGAUCCCCGAAGCCACCUCCUCCCUCGCCUCGACUCACGAUGCCUGGCUCACCACCGCCCGCGCCAUCUGCACCACAGACACCUUCCCCAAGCUCCUCUCCCGCACAUUCACGCUCCCCUCCUCUCCAGGCCGCACCUACAGCCUGGCCGGCAUUACCAAAGGUGCCGGCAUGAUCCACCCGAACAUGGCAACACUCCUCGGCGUCAUCGCUACCGAUGCGCCCAUCGUCCCCUCAGCCCUGCAAUCCCUCCUCAAGUCCUCCGUUGCGCGCUCCUUCAACGCCAUCUCCAUCGACGGCGACACCAGCACAAACGACACCGUCGCGAUCCUGGCCAACGGAGCCGCCGGCGGCGCGCCCAUCAACAGCACCCAGAACGACGACUACGCCGUUAUGCAGGAGAUCCUCACCUCGUUCUUGCAGUCGCUGUCACAGCUCGUCGUCCGCGAUGGCGAGGGCGCGACCAAGUUCGUCACUGUCCGCAUCCAGAACUCCCCUGACUAUGCCUCCGCGCAGCUGAUUGCGUCGACUAUUGCCCGCUCGCCGCUUGUGAAGACGGCGCUGUACGGCCGUGAUGCGAACUGGGGACGGAUUCUAUGCGCUAUCGGUUACACCCAGGGUGUCGCCCCCGGAGUCGUUGUGCCUGAGCGGACGAGCGUCAGCUUCAAGCCUGCUGAUGGCAGCCCUGUGCUGAAGCUCCUAGUGAACGGAGAGCCCGAGCAGGUGGAUGAGGAGCGCGCCAGCGCUAUCCUUCAGGACGAAGAUCUGGAGAUCAUCGUUGACCUGGGUGGUGGUGAGAAGGGCGAACUUGGCGGCGAAGAAGGCGUGUACUGGUUCUGCGACUUCAGCCACGAGUACGUCACUAUCAACGGUGACUACAGGACUUGA